GGUUAGCUGUGAGAAAAUCUUUGACUUUUUGGGGAAAUCCAUUAGGCACUUGUGAUGCUGCACUGCUGCUUCCUGUAUUGAGGCUACACUCAGCCCCACACCCCGCACAGUACAUACGGAGAAGAGGGCUCCUGGGAUCCGCUCUUUUUUUACAAGGAAAACAGACCAGUUAUUUGUCCGGAAUAGAAGACUGUUGUCCAGUCAAAUCUGGAAAGGCAAAGGACCAUAUAUUCAAGAGGACGCAGUGAGGCGCUAUUUAAAGGACUGGGGCUAGCUAGUGUAUGCUAAAGUGGCUAAUGACUUGUAGCAGCAGGUAGAUUGCCUCAUAGACCACGCUAAAAGAUAUGUGUUCUUUGCUGUGCUUUUAGGUACACCGGGAAAUAUUUAAGCUUAUACAGAGCACCACGGCAUGGUCUAAAUUUAAAAAUAGUGGUCUGACAUGCUCCGGAAAGUAUACUUUUUUGCUAACGUGUGCUAGCCAAGUUACUAGCAGAAGAACGGUUCCUGUUGCUCUUUAAGAUUUUUCAACAGGGACACCAUCACAUCUCCUGCUGCCUUGUAUCGUGUAUUUAUGUUAGAAGGGUUGUCUGAGAAAGUGCUUGAACACAUCUGAAUAUGGCUCCGAAAAGAAGACCCGUUCCCCUAAACAUAACGCCCAUUGGGGAGGGACAGACCACUUCUAUUACCUGUGAUGCUGCAUCCGAAGCAAACCUCGAGGCCUUACAAAAGAAACUGGGUGAGUUGGAUUUGGAUGAACAACAGAAAAAACGCCUAGAAGCUUUUCUCACCCAGAAAGCCCAGGUUGGCGAGCUGAAAGAUGAGGAUUUUGAUCCUAUAUGUGAGCUGGGUGCUGGAAAUGGAGGAGUGGUCAACAAAGUCCGCCACAAACCCUCAAGUCUAGUCAUGGCAAGAAAGCUCAUCCAUUUGGAAAUUAAGCCUGCCAUCAGGAACCAGAUCAUCAGAGAGCUGCAGGUGCUGCAUGAGUGCAACUCUCCCUACAUUGUGGGCUUCUAUGGGGCCUUUUACAGCGAUGGGGAAAUCAGCAUCUGUAUGGAGCAUAUGGAUGGGGGAUCCUUGGACCAGGUCCUAAAGGAAGCUAGACGAAUCCCAGAAGAUAUUCUAGGAAAAGUUAGCAUAGCUGUAUUAAGAGGACUGGCCUACCUGCGCGAGAAACACCAAAUCAUGCACAGAGAUGUCAAGCCCUCCAACAUCCUGGUAAACUCACGUGGUGAGAUCAAGCUCUGUGACUUCGGUGUAAGCGGCCAGCUCAUAGAUUCCAUGGCCAACUCCUUUGUUGGGACCCGUUCGUACAUGUCGCCGGAGAGACUGCAGGGUACUCACUACUCUGUCCAGUCGGACGUGUGGAGCAUGGGUCUGUCACUGGUGGAGUUGGCCAUUGGCCGUUACCCUAUCCCCCCACCAGACGCUAAAGAGCUGGAGGCCAUCUUUGGACGAGCUGUUCUGGAUGGGGCAGAGGGAGAGAUUCACACCAACAUUCCGAGGCCUAGACCACCAGGCAGGCCAGUCAGCGGGCAUGGGAUGGAUAGCAGACCGGCUAUGGCCAUAUUUGAACUUCUGGAUUACAUUGUGAAUGAGCCACCACCAAAACUACCGCAUGGGGUGUUUACGAAUGAUUUCCAGGAUUUUGUAACAAAGUGUUUAAUCAAAAACCCAGCUGAAAGGGCUGACCUGAAAAUGCUUAUGAGUCACACCUUCAUCAAGCGGUCAGAAGUGGAGGAAGUAGAUUUUGCCGGCUGGUUGUGCCGCACCAUGAGCCUGAACCAGCCCAGCACUCCAACACGUGGCACUGAGUGAACAAAUAACACUGCCCUAAACACACUGGGUCUUGCUUUUAUACAUAAGCAUCUGCCGACAUAAGCCUUCACUCACAUUGGCUCUUUUUAAAAGUCUAAUUAUGGGUUAAAAUUGCUUUGGUUUCCCUUCUGUUUGUCACCUAUAGGGCCCAUCUAUCUGUUGUACUGUAAGACCACAGCUUCACCAUGCCAGUGUCAGAGUAGUCACUGCUCAUGUUUCCACAUUGCUAAGGAUGUAAAGCACUUAAGGGCUGUCAGUGUGUCAGCUGAUUUGCAUUUAUUGACAAAGAUCUUUUUGUAUUGUUGAAUAUUCUGUAUUGAUCUUUUCUAUGGCUACCAUUGAUUACUUGUUAUUUUAAUAAAUUACGUGCUACAGAGAAAUGUUUGGCUGAGAAUGACAACAAAUCAAAACAAAAUUGGAUUACAAAUUGGAAAUUAUUUUUACUGAUCUUAUCUACUUACCUUUUUAGGUUUCAAUCCCCUUAACUAGUGUCAAUAAAUUUCACAAAUUGGCAAAUGCUUGAUAAUGUUUAAAGAUCAUGUUGUAGACUAUUCUCAAACCAAAGAGGGUACUAAUAUGUCUGACUAAUGCAGCUUUGCCAUUCACAUUUCUGAACAGUAUCGCUGUACUUUGAAUGUUGUCAUUGGAGUCUUUUAUAAUGCUUAAUGCUCAUUCGUUUUCUUUGACAUGCAAUUGAUUUCAGCAUAGCAUACAUGUGGCAAAUGCUGUGCAGGCCUGUGUUGGUCUGAAUGUUAACACUCAUAAAACCAAGUCGGAUUCAUUCAAGAGAAGAUCUAGCAUGGCUUAUUAUAUUUGUAUGUGUAUUUUUUGAUUUUUCAGAUCACAAUAGAGAUGAUCCGAAGCCCAAGUCUCUGCAAUUUCAAUGUCAAUUUGAAAUUUCUUUAAUUAUUAUUUUAUUGUGAUGUUUGUUAUUUUUAUUUACUGUAAAGCUACUUGUUGCUCUCCAAGCUUUCUUUUGGGAUCUUACCUGGAAAGAUCUGCUCUUUAAAA